GAAAGCUAUACAGGAAUUUGGAGGACCAUUCAACAUCAGUUCUGAAUUCACAACAACCACAGAGAGCACUUUUAUUUACAACAACAACAAUAACAACAACUACUACGAGCCUAAUCCUCCUUAUGACACCAACAAUCUUCAGCUAAAGAAGUCCACAUGUUUGAGUCCGCUCCUCGAUAUGGCCUCAAGCACAAUCUCAUGUUUCAGGAUGCAGCGGAGGACCUGAGGAUUCUGGAUGAGAACACCCAGACUUACUCUGGAUACCUGGGCCAUAACCUGGAUAUUAUCCUUGGGAUACGGCAGUGUCCUGUCAACAGCAUGACCCUCUGUGUCACAUCUGACCCUGAGCAAGAGAAGUGCAUCAAAAUGAGGACUGCCCUGAAGGCCCAGCUACUCAAACCAGAGAUGGUGUGCCACAAGGGGUCACAGUCAGAUCAACUGUAUGCCAAGCCAUUGCAAAUGGGUAAGACAUUCGUAACGGAGGUAGUGAGAAUCAUCCAUCUAGUGAAAGCGAAAACUGAUAGUGAGGAAAAG